AUGAAUUACGACCCGAUACACGAUACAUUUGUUAGUCAAUCGACUAAGGAAACAUCUGUGACAAAUCCAGAGAAUGAGAACGAUACAAAUUCUAAAGGUGCUAGCGUCAAUGAAGUCGUUGAAUCUCCAACGCGGAAAGCAUUUUCUAUUGAAAACUUAAUGGGGCCUGGGAGCACUCCUUCAAGUAUAGUAAAUACAGAAGAGGGCGAAACGGAAACAGACGCGGAACAUGAUAAUGAUCAUGAUUUUACAGCUGCUAAUUCAUCAGAAGUGGAAGGUGAUUUCUUGCCGAAGGAAAAGGGAGAGAAGAAAUCCGGCAAAGCAAAGAAGACAAGUGCGUCAUCUGCAUCAAAGGGAUUUCGGCACUUAAAAAAAUCAGAUGGAGAACCAUUUUGGCGUCGUGAUAUUCAAUACGACUUCCUCCAAGAAUUGUUUGAUGAUGAAACUAAAGCAUUUACUAAUUAUUUCCCAUUUUGUGACAUACCAUCUGCCAACAACGAACCUAGAAUUACAUUUUCGGAACUUUAUAUAAGGACGUUAGCCGAAUCUGGAAAAUGUUCGAAGAUCUUAAAAGAAAGAUUAUUGAAAGAUGUUGAAAUGGGUAAAUCUGUUGGUAAGGUCUGUUUGUUAGUUAACGCUGGUCGUAUGAAUACAACAGUGAACUUUGUUCCUGAAAUGAGGUCUACGUUGAGAACGUACCAUUCAAUCCCUUCCUUACAAGCAGACCCGGUGUAUGGGGGAUCCAAACCUUUGCAAGAUACUCCUAGAUUAAAAUCUAUACUUAAAGCAGUAACGGAUGUUCAUGAAGAAUUGAAGUCUUUGGAUGAUAUUCUUGAAAAUCCUCCAGCGGAUAAACCAAAUACAAAUCUUGUGCAGUUAUUGUUUUUUUUAAGUAAUAACGUGAAAGCAAUUAAAUUCCAUCACGAUAAUUCUAAUGAAUACAACGACAGUAAUAAUUUUAUGGAAUUUUUUUUAAAUUCUCAUAUUCAACCUAAGAAUCGUGCUAGGAGAUUUCUUUGGCUAGUUUAUACCUAUUUGGAAACUAGCUUUACUGAAAAUGAACUAGAAUUAAAUCCAUUUAACCCAAAGGAAAUCCCACCAAUAGAGUUAAUACCAGAUAAUGAAGUUGAUGAAUUUGAUAAAGAUACAGAUUUUGAGAUUGAAUAUUCUGAAAAGAUGUAUAAAACAAGACUAAGAUAUUUGGCUGACGAAGAACACAAUAAUAAUCCGAAACGUGGCAACAAGUCGAAGAAAGAGAAAGAAGUUAUUGAUACUGAAGAUAAUACGUUUGAUGAAUCGAUAGAUACAUCAUUGGAGCAAGCUACACUGCCUUCGGGUAAAAGGCCAUUGCCAGUGGACGAUGCGAAAGCACGUAAGAGGAAAGGUAAGAGAAAUCCAGCUAUGCAUAACACCGUUAUUUCUUCACCUUUAACAAAAAACGUGAUAACGUCGUCAGCAGAGGUGUCUAAUUCCAAUGAUCCUGAAAGUGAGCAGAUAGUAGAAACAAAAGAUGAAGCGAACAAUAAUUCCGGAAAUGGAAACUUGAGCAGUAAUACUGAAGGGAAUGGAUCAACAGGAACUUUUGAAGAGGUUCCACUACCAAAUUACGAGCAUCUUUCGUUUCCUAUCGAAGGCCUUUCUUCUAUUGUCGAUUUAUAUGCUGGUUCAAAAGAUAUUCCUUUAACUCCCGAAAGUACAGUCUCUAUAACAACACAUAAUAAUAUUAUAACAAAAUCUAAGCCGGUUAUUCGUCAAGUUCGAAAUUCCUCUAAAGCCACGGGUGUUGAAUUUUCCAAAAAGACUGAUGUGUUAACGGAUUGGCUCUACAAAUUUUUCCAAUAUAAGAAGUCUAGUUCCAAUGGGCUUUUAGGAAUGGAAUGGGAAUCAAUUCGUUACGACUUAGUGCAUGGAUCCGAAGAGUUUAUAUAUCGGGAGUUAGGUAGAUAUGUCAAUUCCCAACAAGAUUCACAUGAGAUGGUAAACAAUGCUAAUGGUUCCAAUAAUGCAGCUGAUGCUAAUGGGGAUGAAUUAGGUUUUGACUAUUUACAAAUUCACGACUUUAAUCAUUUCAAUGAAAAAAAUUCAUUCUUGGUUGAUUUGAUAUCCUAUUGCCAAAAGUAUUUUAUUGAACAAGAAACUCAAAAUCUUAAAGAUAAUACGCAAAUCAAGAAGCUUAUUAAAUUUGAUUUGCUUAAGGAGGAAGUUAACUAUGCAUAUGAUAUAUAG